CUAUGUUUCAACGCCAUAGUUUAAGCAUGACAUCAAAUUACAAACCAAAGUGCUUGUUUACUCUGAGUUUGUGAAUUGUUAAGCAACGAAACUACAAUUUCAAGUGGAUCUAAACGUAAUUGUAUUUAUUAGUGCCUAAGUAAUUACGUGUACGUUAGAAAAUGGCUAAGCAUCAUCCUGAUUUGAUCUUCUGCAGAAAACAACCAGGUGUCGCUAUUGGAAGAUUGUGCGAGAAAUGUGACGGUAAAUGUGUGAUAUGCGAUUCGUACGUGCGACCGUGCACUCUUGUCAGAAUUUGCGACGAAUGCAAUUACGGGUCCUAUCAGGGUCGAUGCGUUAUCUGCGGUGGACCCGGCGUCUCGGACGCAUAUUAUUGCAAGGAAUGCACGAUCCAAGAAAAAGAUAGGGACGGUUGUCCGAAAAUCGUGAAUCUCGGAAGUUCGAAGACGGAUCUAUUCUACGAGAGAAAGAAAUACGGAUUCAAAAGAAGAUAAGAGCUGGUGCGGUUUGUCAUUUGUACGAUACGAUUAUUUUUACGAGCUUUGAAUAAAUCAUUUUCUCCGUGAGCAAAAUCUUUUAAUCCGACUGUGUAACUGAGGCAAGUAAAUUUUCGAUUGGAAAAUUUUCUAGACGCGCAUCUAUUGAUUUUAUUAUAUAGUUUUUGAUAAAAACAAUGUUGCUGGAACGUUCUUGUACAUAAAAGUUAAGGAUUCAAGCUUUUAUCUUACUUCUGUAAUUGUGUGCACUGGUACAUAGCUGUAGUAAACAAUCGUCGUACUUAAAAUUAAGGGUCCUUUAAAGCUUCAGAUUUUUCUCAUUGAAAGACUGAUCAAUGUUUCAUUAAUUAAUGUGAUUAUUAACAGUAAUGUUAACAGUGAUAUCAUCUUUAUUUCACACCACCUACCCAUUUACCACCCAUUCCCCCCGUUAAUGGACUCUAUGUACAAUUACUGCGUACUAUGGUGUAAGCCGAAGAUACAUGUUCCUUAAAGUCUCCGUCUAUAUUGUUAAGAAGCGAUAAUAGGAGAAAAUAUUCAGAUAUUUUGGAGCACCGUUAUAAAAACCCUUAGAUCUACAAUAGUGUGCGUUGUAUAUGUUAAUAUUACCUCUGGGACACGAACAUGCAACAAAGAAUGUUACAAACACAUCGGUCGAUGGGAAGUUGAAUACAAUUUUUGUUAUGCUGUAAAUUUUAUUUCUUCCUUGUUGCAUGCUGUCUAGACUCCAUUUUAAUCGCUAAGCUGGGGGAAGAAUACAAUAUUUGAAAUAUUUCGAGCGAUACAGUUACAAAAAACCAGAACCAAAAGGAUUUCGUUACCUUUUUACAUUCCCCCAAAAAUAUUUCCGUCGUGGAUUUUAUUUGUUAUAAACUUUAUCGGUCUUGAAAAUAAUCAUUUGCUUACCUAAAAACACUCUCUUUACACUGUCGAAACUAGUCUCGUUUGCUAAGUUCUCCGCACGUACAAAAGAAGCGAUCAUAAAUGAAUCUUCUAUGUACACUAAGGCCAAUAAAGGAACAGUUUAAACUCUACGAGUCGCUUUUGCGACAGAUAUGUUUCUUUCGUUUAAAUUUACACGUGAUGAAAAAUUACUUUAUAGAGUUCAUUAUUUUAAAACGUCCAAAAACAAAAAAAAAUCUCAAGUAAUUAUUUGCUUGAUUUUUACAGGUGUCCACGUAGUCCGCAGAAUCAUAAUUUAUUCCGAAAAACGACUGUGAGUUGCAUACUUCUCAGAUCAUUGUUCGUUCGAAUUAAUUUUGUUAACGAAGUCUAACGUUCUUUUGUCUCUUUUUUUGGACACAGGCUAUCGUAGCCAAUUUUUCACUUAGGCCACUGCCAUUGGCGUUGUCAUUCGAACUGCCCGCAAUCGGAGAAAACAAUUUUUCUAAUUGAAUUGAAAAUAAAUCAUGAUCAAACCGAAUCAAUCAUUGUUUGUCGUAUUGUGAGUCGGAACAUAUAUUAUUGGUAAGUAUUACGCGAACCUUACUCGUUUAUCCUUAUAAGAUAGUCGAUAAAUCAAUAUUGUUAAUGUGAAUACUUUCAAUAAAAAUUAACAAGCA